AUGAAAGAAGAUACCGCAGCCCUCUAUAACGAACUGGGAAAGUCGUAUGAAGAAAGCUAUCUCGAGAACCCCGGUCAAGCCAAGAUCCUCGAAGCUAUCCUUCAAAGAAUAUCUCCUCACAGCAAGGUCCUUGAUGUCGGCAGCGGCACCGGUAAACCCAUGGCCCAUACAUUUGCCCAAGCAGGCCAUGAAGUCCACGGGAUCGAUAUCUCGGAGACCAUGGUCAACCUUGCUAGAAGUCAAGUCAAGGGGACGUUCGAGAAAUGCAAGAUGACCGACUACAAACCCCAGACCACCUUCGACGUGGUACUCGGCAGCUUCUCCCUGUUCCAUAUAACAUGCGAGGAAACGAAUUCGAUGAUCUUCCGGUUUGCAGAAUGGCUGAAGCCCGGCGGUUUGUUGAUGGUCGCCACUAUACUCAGCGAUUACUACUUCAAGGACCCCAAGCUCUAUGAUGCCUCUGGAGAAUGUGUGCGCCACUACCCGCAACCAUGGAUGAACGAGACGUAUGACUGCACGUUUUUCACCCGCAAGGGCUGGAUGGAUAUGUUCGAGAAGGCGGGUCUAACCUUUGAGACUGAGGUCUAUUCCCCCUGGGCUGGUACUAAGGAUCAUCUGGAGGAGGAGCAUUAUCUGGUUGUUGUUCGGAAGAAGGAGAAAGAAACGCUCUUUGGGCCCUACCCUCUUCCAUCAAGUUAUAGAGGGCCCCGCAAGUUCAAUGCAGCUGCUGUGUUGCCCUUGACCGAGAGGCUGGCUUCCGACGAAACCGAAAAUAUCCUCAGUCUUCUGGAAAAUAACCAGAAGGUCCUGGAUACGGGUAAAUGGCGCAAAGAAUUGCUUCUCCAUCAACUCGCCAAACGAGGCAGCAAAGUAUAUGCCAUCGAGCCCGACGUCAACCCGGAGGCCGUGGGAAAAGCACAUGAAAAUGGGGUUGAGCUUACACAGGGCACUCUGGAGAAUCUCCCAUUUCCAGAUCACCAAUUCGACGCUGUGGUGACCACAUGGAGUCUACAGUAUGCCGAUGACCUCGAGAAAUCACUCCAUGAGAUCGCCCGAGCAGUCGACCCAUCGAACCCCAAAUCGCGAAUCGUCAUCUCCCAAGGAGGCCCAGAUAACAAAGUACUCAACCUUAUAAACAGAGCCCUCGUCUCACUAGGUCGAAAUGAAUCUCUCGAUCACCACGGAUAUAUCCUCCACAAAGCAUCCGAGAUACUCGCGGAGCAUGGCUUUGCGGAUGUAUCUGUUCGCCGGGUGGAGGCGUAUUGCAAGUUCCCCGAGCAAGAAAUUUCUGAGCGCUGUGCUCGGGCCGCGGAGGUUCUAGCCGGGCUUUGGUAUACGAAUGACCCUGACUACGAGAAGGUCAAACAGGCGCUUGUUCCGGAAUUAGAGCAGUAUUUCCAGGACAGUCCUCAUUCGAUCGGUUUCGGGACGGCUGUGCUGGUAGCGAAGCCAGCUAAAUUCUAG